AUGAGACGUUCAUUUAAAAUGAAGCUUGUCUUAUUGUCGUCAUUCGCCAUACUAUUUGGAGUACAAAUUUGCCAAAUUUCCGCAAAUCAUAGGAGCGAACGCCAGGCAUCUAAUUAUGAAUUUCCUGGUAAUGCCGUUAGAAAAGCACAGUAUGAAGAACUCAUUGAACAGUACGACCCCGUGGCUCGUGUGGCCGCCGCUCAGACAUACAGUCCAUCAGUGACUGACCCACAAGACUAUUCAGGACAGUCUUAUUCACAGCCGGCUUAUAGAGCCAGUUCUGGAUCAGCCGCUUCCAGAUCUAGAGCACCUCAAUACCAAAGCAGUAAUAGUAAGGCAGAAGAAGAGGCCAAAAGACUCGCUGAAGAGGAAGAAGAGAAAAAGCCGGACAGACUUGCGCUCCUACUCCAGGAGUCGAAGUUCACGUGUGGGGACAAAAAAGACGGCUAUUAUGCGGACGAAAGUGUUGGCUGUCAGGUGUUCCACUACUGUGUUGCCGGUGCUAAGCAUAGCUGGCAGUGCCCCGAGAAUACAGUCUUCCAUCAAAUUCACUUGAAUUGUGUUCCGGCGGCACAGGAUAUCUGCACCCAAUCAUCAAAGUUUCAUGUCGUCAACGACUACUUGUAUAAACCUUUAGAGCAAAGGGGACCCAAUAAUACCAUUCGUUAUCAUCAGCGCUAUUAUCCCGAAGGCUUUGAUUUUGGCGGAGAUGUGUUAUCUCAAGUGUUGCCUCCGAGUCAACCACAAAGACCAGCCUCUUCUCCCUACAACUCUAGAGACUCAUACGAUGAGGACUCGUAUGAACCCCGAGGAAACUCUCGUUCCCAACCCGAUAACUAUCCCUCCUAUCAGUCAUACCCCGCAUCGACACCAGUCAGAGCUCAGCCGGUGUCUCGUCCCAUAUAUAAGCAACCGGUCGUUAGACAACCAGCGCCACAGACAUACAGCGCGCCCUCCUAUACAACUCAAUCACAACCCAAACCGACGUCCAGACCUUCAACUUACUCGACGCCAUCCCUAUACGCCUCGACCUCUUACUCGGACGACUCGGACGCUUAUGAUACAUAUCCUUCUUCUGGAAGUAGCUAUAAUUCAAGAGAUUCGUCAGACUAUUCCUCGUCUGGCAACAGCUAUUCAUCUCCCAGUGCCAGCUACCCGUCCUCCCAAUAUUCAGGAUCGUCGGGAUCUUCCUCGAGCUACCCGUCAUCGUCUGCCGGCUCAUCGGCUGCUCUUUCGUCCUACCGUCCCAUUCAAGCGGCAAAACCGGCAUCAUAUCCGAGUCGAUCCAUCGGAAUACCGAUCGCCAGUUUCCGAGUGGCGGCGGCGCCCGCGCCCACAAACUACGGCUCCUCGGCUCAGGCGAGUCGAGUACGAGCGUCGGCCUAUCCCUCGCCCACCGGCUUCUCAUUGGGCGCCUUCAACAGCGAGAUGGCCAGUGGUGUCAAAUACGAUGAGGAGUAUUGA